UCAUGCUGCUGCCAGGUCCAGAGUGUGUCAUGGGUCCCUGUACGGCCUCCCAUUGCUGCUGUCUCCAUCGCCACACUCUGCCAUGUGCCACUUUCAGGUCUCCUCACACUGCUGGUGGGUUCCAUUUUGUCAUAGGGUGCUGGUGCUGUAUGGCCUCCCAUUGCUGCUGCCAGGCCCGUAAUCUGCCAUGGGCCCCGUACCGACUCCUCAUGCUGCUGCCAGGCCCGUAAUCUGUCAUGGGCCCCUGUACCGCCUCCUCAUGCUGCUGCCAGGUCCAGAGUGUGUCAUGGGUCCCUGUACGGCCUCCCAUUGCUGCUGUCU